AUGCAGGGCGGCGACCCACAGUCCGGAUACAAAAAGGAAGACCAUUCUAGCGAUGCCUCGUCUCUUGAUCCGAGUCCGCAAGUUUCAAGUGAAUUCAACGAAGCCUUUUCUCACAGUAAUGCUGUGGGGUUCGGAGGUCAUCGCCCUCGUAUGCAUAGUUUCAGUAUCUGGAAGUCUUUCGAACGCCACAAUCCGGAAGACCGCCUAUCAGGACCACCGGGAAGCUCCGCUGUUGCAAAGGUCUAUGAACCCGGAAAGAAGAGAAAAUUCAAGGAGCGGAUGCAGAACGUCGAGAAUGAACGAAGUAGGACAAAGCGGCUGGAGGGCGAGGGGAAGGAGUCUAGCAACAAGCUACUGAUUUUGAGAUCGGAGCCAAAUAUGAAGCGUAGGGCCCAGAAUCGUGCCUCGCAAAGGGCCUUUCGAGAGCGUAAGGUCAAGCAUCUGCAAGAUCUUCAGAGAAAGAUAGAUGAGCUACAAGAGUCUUCUGACUUUCUAGGUCAAGAGAAUAGCUUGUUGCGUGCCCGAGUGUGGCAGUUGGAAGUGGAAGCCCGAGCACAGGGUGUGCAAACCAGCGAAUAUGUGCGUGGUUUCCAGCAGUUCGAUGACCUCUCCGGGGAAAUCCUCUUCAACCUCUACAAUCUUCAUCCCUGUACGUCGAAAGAUGUCUCUGGCGCGCUCUUCUUUGGUAUCCAUAGUAUUGAUGCACUACUCGAGAAGGGGGAGUAG